AUGUCGCGAGCUGGUCACCGCUCCGUGACCCGCCAGCGAAGAUUGACAGCAAAGGUGAUAAAUGCGAUGAAUGCGCGAACCGUGAGAAAUGUGAGUGACGCGAGAGAUGCGAUAAAUGCGACGGAUGCAAUGUGUGGGCGGAACGGGCAGAAUGGGAUUAUGGGCGAGCGUGGCGAGGCGAGUAUACGAGAGAACGUGGAAGCGACAGUGAUCGUAACGACGGGAAGGAGCCGCGAAGAGGAACCGGAUGGAAUUAAGAGGGCGAUGGCGGAACUUGAGGAGUGGAUUGAGAGGAAGAUUGAGGCGAUUUCCGCGCCGGUGGAUGCGAUUCGGACGGAAUGGGAGGGCGGCGCGGCGGCGAAACGACUCGGUACGGCAGGGCGCAAGCGAGCACGUAUGACGGAUGGGUCCUCAGAACCGAUGGUGAUGGAGGAGGAGAAGACGAUUGAUCUGGUAGACGAGACAACGGAGGAGGUAGAUGAGGAAAUCUCGAAGAGGAACUACGCUGGAGAAGCAAGGGAGGAGUUGACGCUUGGGCUGAAGGACGGGCGAGGAGAAGCGCCAGUGGUGGCAGCAGGAGAGAGGCUGGGAAGGGAGGAAAGAGAAGGGCGCGUGGGAGAAUCUGAGUCGCUUUUGAGAAUUCUCAAAAGGGAGGGAGAGGCCGGGAGGGGUGAGGGGGAUGACGAUGCAGAGGAGUGUGAGCGGGUUGAGGAGGCUGAGGAGGACGUUAUGGAGGAGAGAGUUGGGGAUAACUGUCACUCAGAUGAGCCCCUCGGCACCGCGGAAGACCCCUCCUUUCUGCAUUCUAAGGGAGAAGAGCCGGAAAAAGUGGCAGAAAAGGAGACUGGGGCAUGGGAGAAGAUGCAGGGCAGCAUGAUUGCAGGGAGGCGCAGGCGGGUGAGCAUGGUGGGGAGGCUGUGCCGAGCAGCAGCAGCAGCAGCAGCAGCAGCAGCAGCAGCAGAUGUGCAAGGUUCAGCAAGCGAGGGAGGAGCUUCACUUGAAGAGGUGCAGAGUGCAUUGGGUGGCGGCAAUCCAAGUGAGAGCGAGCUCAAGACGCGUGUGUGGGGGGAGAUUGACACUUUACUGUGGCUCUCGCGGCGAGAAUUCCCCUCUGAUAUGGAACGGCUUAUGGAGAAAUGUGCCCUCGCUGCAGCUGUCCACUUUCUCUCCUCUCUGCCCCUCACGGAGCAGCAGAUCAACCCCGCAGAGGAGCACAUCGCCCCCCCAACUGCUGCUCCACAUAAGGCCCCCCUUCCUGCCCAUCAAAACCCCGCUGCUGCUGCGCCUCCGAACACCCCAGGAUCGCAGCAGAUCGGCCCUGCACCGCAGCAGAUCGCCCCUGCACCGCAGCAGCUCACCCCCCCAUCACAGCACAUCGCCCUCAGCGGCUGCCGCCUCAACCACUUUCUCACCCUCGCUCCCACCUACCGCCCCACCCUCCUCCCGUCCCUCGCCUCCCUCACGACCUACCGCACCUCCGUCUCUCCCCGCGACAUGCUCUCCCUCCUCCGCCUCCCCGCCCUCACCUCCCUCUCCUUCCAUCAAACCCGCAUUGUUCCCGAAGCCCUGCUGCUCAUCCAGUCCUUCUCUCGCCUCCAUCGACUCAUCCUGGACUGCCCCGGGCCAUCAGCUCUGGCCUUUAAGCCUUCAAAGGGGACCUGGCCGUUGAGAGGUCUGAGGGAGCUGCAUGUGAGUCGGGUGACUGACUCUGUCCUGCAGCAGGUGGGGAUGCUGACAAGCCUGGAGGUAUUUUCCUGCACGUGCAGCGAGGGGGUGAGUUUCAGGGGCUGGAUGUCCCUGCAGCGGUUGCGACAGCUGAGACGGCUCCGAGUGGCACCAGCACAUCUGGACCGUCAUGCUUUGAGAAUGGACUACCCCAACGGCCGCUUGCCGACAGUUUCGCAGGCGUUUAAGAGGCUGGUGAAGAUGCAAGAGGGUGCUGUUUCUCGGGAGAAGGGUGUUAAAGAGUUGGCGCACUUGAAAAGAUUGAGGAGGAAAGAGGAUCAUGAUGAUGAUGGCGAGCUCUGCCUUCUCACCUCUCUCCACAUCACCGGCACUUGCCUUGACAACGACGCGUUCACACGGUUGACUCGCUUGACCUGGCUGACCCACCUCAGCCUCGCCGGGUGCACGUUCACAACUGACGGUCUCGUGAUGAAAAUAGCACACUACCUGCCGAACCUCGUGUUUCUCGACCUGUCAGGAACGGCCAUCACCCAGAGCGACACCGUCAACAUGCAAUCCCUGAAGCACUUGAAGCACUUAAAGCUGCAGCAGUGCUGCAACAUUGGCGGGCCGUUUGUGCGGUACCUCUGCCUUGUGCCUCGGCUCAAGUCCCACAACCGCAUGCUCCCCUUUCACCGUUCCCUGUUCCCCCAUAACCCGUUCCCCCAUUCCCCCCUCCCCCAUUCCAUGUUCCCCCAUUCCCUGUCCCCCAUUACCCGCACCCCCAUUCCCUGUCCCCUCAUUCCCUGCUCCCUUUCAGCCUUUCUCCCCCAUUCCUGCUCCCCCAUUCCCCGCUCCCCCAAUCCCUGUUCCCAAAUUGCCUGCCCCCCCAUCCCUUGUUCCCCCAUUCCCUGCUCCCCCAUUCCCUCCACCCCCAUUACCACCUCCCCCAUUCCGUGUUCUACGGUUCCCUGUCCCCAUUCCGUGUUCCACGGUUCCCUGUCCCCCCAUACUCUGUACCCCCAUUCCCCGUUCCCCCAUUCCCCGUUCCCCCAUUCCCCGUUCCCCCAUUCCCCGUUCCCCCAUUCCCCGUUCCCCCAUUCCCCGUUCCCCCAUUCCCCGUUCCCCCAUUCCCCGUUCCCCCAUUCCCCGUUCCCCCAUUCCCCGUUCCCCCAUUCCCCGUUCCCCCAUUCCCCGUUCCCCCAUUCCCUGCCCCCCCAAUCCCUGCCCCCCCAUUCCCUGCUCCCCCAUUCCCUGCUCCCCCAUUCCCUGCUCCCCCGUACCCUGCUACCCCAUUCCCUGUUUCCCUUUUGA